AUGGAGACGGGCCUGCAAAACGAAGACAGAAGAGCGCACGGGGAGAGUGAAGAUGUUUCUAAUAAAUCAUACUACGUCGCCAAUGAUUCAAACAAUGUAUCGCAAAAUGAUCUGGGGAACUUGCACGAAAAUUCACAGUCUCCGCGUGGGGAUCAUUCACCUGCUCUUAUGAAUGAAAGCUCUCCUAGGGCGCCAUCGCCGACAACCGAAGGUGACCAUCCAUCACCUCGCUCCUCAGCCACCGACGUAAACAGCAAAAUAAUGCUGGUUCCACCUCAGAUGGGACUUACGCCGGAAGAAGUGGCACUAUUACAGCACGCCAGCCAAUCCCCGCCAGUGACGGCGGAUUCGCUCUCUGAACUUGGUCUGGAUGCCAUCACGAAAAACACCCAGCUUCGUAUAGAUGUUAAUUUUGAUAAGGAUCUUCAUUUUCGACCUGUUGGGGGCCCGGUAAAGGCGAAAAUGGCAAAUGAGUAUUGGCAUGCGGUAGCCAUCGAAAUUUCGAUAUUUACCUUUGGCGCUUACAACAACAUCAACUUGUCUUUCUGGGUCCGCAGCGCUUCUUCUUCUCACAAAGUCUUCCGAGCAAGACUACCCAACAUGCUCGAUACACUGAGAGAAAUAUUACUGACUCUUGUUCCCGAUCGCGAACGUUCAUGUAUAAAAGAACACUUAGAGACCAAGUUCCUCGUGGCACAGGUCGAAAAGGGGGUGCUAAAUUUGGUCGGACUUGCUGAAUGGCUUGCCGUUCUAUUGAAAACACAUUGUGCGCCAAUGAGGGAUCAAAUGGCGGAUGACAUGGUUGAACAAGUUCGAAAUGGCUAUCAAUUGCAAGAUAUGAUUCAAGUAUCGAAAGGUCUUCAUCAACUUUUUGUCAUACUUGAAUCAAUGAAAUUGGAUGUGGCAAAUCACCAGAUUCGUGCGUUCCGACUAUAUUUGAUAGAAGACUCUGUUGAGUAUCUCAGAAAACACUACGAUUUCGUCAUAAAAAAGUCGCAACAGUCUUUUAAGGAAGCUCAAAAUUCGAAAAACUGGUAUAUUAUGCACCGACGACGGUGCAAUCUCAGUUCACAACAAGUCCCCAAUAAUUUCGAAUCCGCAAAAAUUUUAUUCGAAGGCUUAUCGUCCAUUCUCUGUUCCUUUGACCGGACUAUUCGGCUUCCAGAUUCCUUUGCGCUUGAUUUCGACCGACUUUAUAAUAUUCGAAAUAACAUCGAGACUCUCGCUUUACUUCAAGUGUGUUGUCACGCGUUCAACAGUGUUGUUGGUGGCGACGUUUCGUCCACGAUAUACUGCUCGCUGCAGUCCCGCAUACUCUCAAUCAUCCAAUAUGGCGAACACGCGGCUUGCGAGAAUGACCCAUCUGGACACCCAUUGAUUGCCCGAUUCGAAGCCAAUAUGCAGAAUAUAGCAUUGGAAAUUGCACGAGUGGCUCAGAUGAUGCGAGGUGAAAGAAGUUUGGUUACCUAUCCGGACGAACGCAUCAUUCACUUUGUAUCAAAUCAGGUUCAUCCCAGGCACCGGCAUUUUGAAGCCGUCCGCGAUCGCGUUCAACAGGAGCUGAAAAGUAUUGCCCUUAACACCGCGAAGCAGUACUGGCGUAUGAGCGCACUUGAAAUAGCCGACUCCCAACACCUCCACCAACAACCCGACCUUGUGUCGUGGCCGCAGAUUCCCGAUAUCCAGUGGAUUGGAAAACGCCUGGCCCAUAUCGGAGUGUUGCAUUGGAGAAUUUGGGCACCGCUUCUAUAUUCCCCAGAAGAUGGGGAAUUAAGUUCGUCACCAUUCAUCGCUCCCGGCACGGUUGGUGACAUGAGAGGCUUUGACGCUGAAGAUGCAUCUGACCCUCCAGGGCUUGAGCGACAUAGUGCAGGUAGACCAGAUGUUUCGUGA